CGGAGACGCAGCCGUCGCGACGACCAGCAGGAAGUCACCUGCGGGCGAUCACCACCUCGUCUACUGGAACACUAAGUCCUGGACAGAUUGACGACGACCAUGGCUCGUCGUGCUACGUUCAAAACGUUGUUUUUCCUGUGGUGUCUCCUGGGCACCGUCCUGAGCAUUCCGACACCAACGAUGCUCCCACGAAGGUUGGAAGAGCAGCGUUACACAACAACUCGGAUGGCCAAAGUAAUAGCAGAAUUACCAAUCACCAGGACCAGGUUACCAUUGCCAGUCGUCAAUUCCGAACUAAGAACAAGCUCGACUACGAGCCCGACUACGAGCCCGACAAUGCAGCGACUGCCAUCUUCUGGCGAUCCUCUUUACCGUUUCAACGGAAGCAACGGACAGGCUUGCAUUUUACUGCAGGUGGACGCGAUAAUCACGAUUAAAUAUCGUAAUAAACUCGGCGAGGAGAAGGAUGCGCCAAUCUACGUUCCUGACGAUGCCAUUGUCAGCGGACACUGUGACAACGAGAACACUGCGACGAUGUCUUUGAGGUGGAAUGCUUUCGUACUCUUCUGGAGCUUCGCCAAAACUCCUGGUAACGAACGAUGGUACGUCGAUAAAAUAGAAUUAACCUACAAUUCUAGCGACCGUCACUUCGAGCACGUUGAUGAGCCAAAGAAGACUAUACGACUGAGCACCGGACAGAAGCACAAGUUCUUCCCAACUCCUCUUGGAAAGUCGUAUACCUGCAACGAGGAAGUGGAAAUUCCGUUGACAGACGGAAAGAAUCACGCCAGUUUACUUUUGAGGGACUUGAAGCUACAACCUUUCAAAUUCAAGGACAACAACUUCGCUGCUGAAUUCUCAUGCAAGUCCUUUAGUGCACGUGCAGGCAGAGACGAAACUGCACCAGUUGCAGUUGGAUCGACAUUGGCAGCUGCGGUUCUUCUGACCAUCACCGGUUACGCCGCUUAUCGAUACUUCAAAGUGAAGAAAGUCAAGUACGACGCCAUGGAGUAAAGUGGCCGCGCGAAAGUCAUGACCGAUUGUCAUAUCAAUGAUCAAUAACAUAUCUUUCGGUAAUAUUGUCGGAACGGAUAAUUGUAGGAUUUAUCGAAAUCAAUUAAUUUCGCAGACACAUAUAGAGAAUGAAAUAUCAAUUUUAAGCAAGUGAAAGAUUAUUUUGCAAUUUUUAUUCGACUUCUUUCUUAUCAUUCGUCCGGCAGUCUUAUCGUACGAUUACGCAUAUCGCAUAUGUAAAGAAAAAGUCUUGAAACCUAAAAUCCCUGCUCUUCGAUCGAGGUGCAUACUGUGUCGUGUAUCUUUUUGAAACGUAAUGUCGGUUACACAAAAAUGAUAAGGAACGGCGUGAGUAACAUUCAGCGUGACGAUAGUCAUUCGGCAUUGAUGCAUUUUAAACCUUUUUUUUCUUCGUCGCAUAAAUAUCCAAAAAGAAAUCAACGAGUGUCACAUAAAAUUUUAAAAUUCGUUGAAACCAUCGACAUUGAUCCUGUAAGCGACAAUUUGCCUUUUAUCAAACUAUUAUCAUAACCAACAAAAAAAACUGUCUAUCAUCACCCACCAUAUCUAAGACAUAUCAGGGUGCGCUGAUAAAAAAAAAAAGUGUAGCUAAAUAAUCCAUAUUUAGUGGAAUCUGAAAAAUACAAUAAACAUGAAAAACGUGAGGUUACAUUGAACAAAAGAAAACUGUAUAUUCCAGUUUCACUGAGAAAAAAAUUAUUUUUCUUUGCUUCUCAAAAUCAAACGACUUUACGCGACAUACAUUAUAGGCGGGUAUCUAGUUCGAUUGCAGCUGGCAAAGCAAUAGUCAAUAUAACAGAUCAGUAGCGUCGAGCAAAACUAUCAAUUUUGAAUAUCGAUUAGAUACGUAAAAAUUAAUAUUACAUACACGUGACAGCUUCGAUCGGAUCAAUAUUUUUUUAAGGGUAGCCGAGAUAAAUCAAUUAAUAGACCUGGCACGUAGAUUACUUCGAAUGGAUGAUAAAGUACGUGAAAUAUUGCCAAUUACAUGCUUUUUAAUUAAUACUCGACAGUAUUUGCCGAUUGUAUUAAAAAAAAAAACGUUCGGCCGUUCGUUUUUAGAAGUAUCGAAGAUGGGUGAUUAGUGGAUGAUAUGCGUGAAGUGUGAGGGGGCUAGAGAGUGAAUGGGUAGGGUGAAAAUUACAAAUCAAAGAUCGCAAACUCUUACGGUUGUACAUCGUUAGAAUAUUAAAUUGCGGGCACGAGCGCCGCAAAUUUUCCUAAUUUAUUUGCAAAGCCUUUUUAUUUCGAUCGUUCGCGGCUCGCGAAAGGCUGAGGUCCCUGAUUACCCAUAGUCCCUUGCGCUUUAAUUUCUAUCGCCAUUAAUGCUAAUCGUUACGUCUAACUAUGUAAAAGCGUCAUAACGAGAAAGAAUCGUACAAACGUCCUGACGCAGAGUACGAGAUCAGGCCCUGUUAGGCAGCUGAAGUUCAUCUAGACUAUAUAAUAUCGAGCGGGACCGUUUUUUAUUAUUAAAUAGAUGGCGAAUGUCCUUUUAUCGUUGAUCAAUCGUGAUAAUGGAGGAAAUAAUAAUAAUUAAUCUCACCGCGAUCCUUCUCGAGUUUAGCUUUCGCGUUUCUUGUGAUUCUCAAAGGGCCUCUAUUGUACAUAUCCCUGUAUACGAUACGUUUACGCGGUAUAAAUUUUUCCUUUUCGACUACACCGAACGUCCACGAAAUCACGAAAAGCGUUAAAGGAUCUUAUCGUGGGAUCUUGGAAAAAAAAAUUAAAAAAAAAAAUUAAAAUCUCGUUUACACAAUUAUAGCCAUUUUUAGAUAUCGCAAAAAUCCUAAAUAAUUCGCUUGGCCGUUAAUUAAUCGUCACUUAAUAAUUAUCCCAUAAGUUUUAAUCUCAGGAAUGAUAGUCAUCCCUUAAUCUCAAUUAACGAUUAAUUAUUUAUCGUACGUCAUGCCUGGAUACGGAGGAUGAUCUGGGUGAUGAUAAUAUAAUCUUAUAUCUGUUGAUUCUCUUGACGUCAUUUUAACGCUCCAAUUUGAUUAUUCGAAUAUAGUAUCAUAACGUACGAGCGUGUAAUAUAUCAUGUAUAUUCGGAGAAUACCGACAAAUCUCAUAGGGAUCGACAAAAUUUAUCGAAUAAGCAUGUAUAAUUUUUCAAAAAAAUUGUCUAAUCCCUAAAACACAAUUUAAUCAAUUGUCAGUUAUAUAGAAUCCUUAUAAUUAUAUCGGAAAAAAAAAGAAAAAUUUUUGCGACUCUUCAUUGAUUUUUCAAUCGGCGUAUGUCAGAGCGGAUCGGAGUUUUGUCGGUGAUGUGUUAUUUGAGGGAAAGUGCGAAAAGAGAUCGAUACAUAUCAAUUAGUAACUGAUCGCUCAUCGAUACAAUUAAUACACUGGUUGACACGAGCGAUAAGUUUUGUCAAUUGGAUUGAACGAUUGGAUUGGAAUAUUUUCUCAAAAAAUAACAAAUGCUAAUUGUCACAUGUGAAAAUUACGUGUUAGCUGCUAGUAUCUAUCUAUACGUUUCAAUUGGAUCCAAUAAUCAAUCGCUCCUUUCGCAAGCAUUCCCUUCGAUAAAUAGUCUUAAGUCAAUAAACAAUAUAGGUAUAAUAAUACAUAUACGCAUAUUACGAUAUAAACCUCUGUCUUCCAAGUGCAUAUUAAAUAUAAAACUUCGUGUGUACAUAUAAGAUAUCAUAUACGACGCAAGGAUCGUUUUCAAAAAGAAAAAGGUAAAAAAAAUAUAUAUAUAUAUAUAUAUA